AUACUCGCGCCUCGUGCUGGUGCCCCUCGAGCAGUCCGGUUGAUAAGCCCGGUACAAGCCGCAGUCUUUAGUCUUUCCGACCCCACGCCAGACGUCGGCCGAGGAAGUCCCAAGUCCCACCUUGCGGCGCGGCAGCCCCGGCGACGACGACCUAUCAGGCAGCGAGACGCGCGGCGAGACGAGUGGUGUGACUGAACGGACUCGGGGCAGCGGAGCCAGCGGCGGUCGCGACAGAUACAGUGUCGGCGUCGGCCCACCUGCGACACCAUGGCCAGGUCCCUGCUGGCCGGCCUCGCGGCCCUGCUCUGCCUGUUGCACGUCCAGGCCUCCACGGUGGAGGACACGCACUACGUCGCCGCCGUCGUGGACCUCACCGUGCCGGUCAACUUCAAGCUGACGGCCGAGGAGAACAUCAUGAGGAAUGUCGCGGCCCUGGAGGAGUUCAUGGCCAGCGCUGAGAAGCAGAACGUGGACAUCAUCGUGUUCCCCGAGGAGGGCUUGAAGGGCCUCGCCGUCAGCCCCUACCCCAUGGCCGUCCCUGCGGCCGAGAACAACGUCACCCCCUGCGAAGUGGAGGACUCGCCCAAGCCGCUGCGUGAGCUGUCGUGCAUGGCGGCCAAGUACGGCAUGUACCUGGUCGUGAACCUGGUGCAGAAGGUGCCCUGCACCAAGGCGGAGGACGCCAAGUGCCCGUCGCGGAACUACUUCCAGUACAACACGAACGUGGUGUUCGACCGCAAAGGCAAGAUCAUCGCGAGGUACCACAAAUACAACUUGUUCGGAGAGCCCGGCAACAACGUCCCGCCCUCCGUGGAGUACGUGACGUUCGACACCGACUUCGGCGUGCGCUUCGGCAUGUUCAUCUGCUUCGACAUUCUCUUCGACAAGCCCUCGGCCCAGCUGGCGCGCUUGCAGAACGUCACCGACUUCGUGUUCAGCGCCGCCUGGUUCUCCGAGGUGCCGUUCCUGUCGGCUGUGCAGGCGCACUCGGGCUGGGCGCACGCCCUGGACGUGAACCUCAUCGCCGCGGCCUUCAACUACCCCAGCAGUGGCGCGACGGGCAGCGGCAUCUACCGCGGCAGGGACGGCAUCCUGGCCUACGUGUUCAACCCCCGCGCCGAGUCCACCAUGCUGGUGCGCAGCGUCCCGAAGCACGGACAGCCGAGCACGGCGACGGCGCUGCCGCUGCUGGACCAGCUCGACCCGAGGAACAACUACGCGUCCAGCGACACGGACCCCGUCGACUCCGUCAAGCCCCUUCGCAUGAUUCAGGACAACUUGACCAUGUACAGCACGACGCUGAUGCCGCGGCCCGCCGUGGGCGAGACCCAGCAGUGGGAGCAGGUGGUCGUCAACAACGGCCUGCGCUGCACCUUCAACACCAGGCUGACGGGGACAACUCUCUACUCGAUGCGCAGUGCCGCCGCGAGCAUCCACGGCGCUUCCUCCCCCGCCAGGGCAGCGGCCGCCGACCCCGAGGAGGCCGAGGCCGAGGACUUCGAUGGGAUGUACUACCGGGUAGCCGCCUUCAGUGGCGUGCGCGACCACUCGGGCGUCGCCUCCACUGGCGUGCAGGUUUGCGGAAUCAUUUCGUGUCGGAACAAGGAGUUGUCGUCCUGCGGGUGGAACGUCGCCAACCUCAACAACCCCACGGUCCGCUGGACCGAGUUCGUCAACGUCCACAUCACGGCGGAGUUCGACCGCCAAAACACGCUGCAGUUCGUUUCCACACAGGCGGGGCCGCGGUACGACCCCCUGCCGGCCUACCUGUACGACUUCGCAAGUUCUGACGGUUCCACCGGUGACAAGCAAAAGAAGAGCCUCGUUCUGAAGAAGCCCGUCGUGGACCUGCGCACCUUCGCCAUAUAUGGACGUAAAUUUGACUGGGACGGGAAAACUCCGACAGGCUAUUGACUUCAUCAUUCAUCAUGACUGAUACUCGAGGGCAAACAACUGAUACAGCGUCAAGAGCAAGUACCAGCAUAGAAGAAAUAUCAAUAUUUACAAGAAAAGAAGAGCUGACCCAUUUGCAUGGAGGUCACUUGUUCACUUCAUUUGGAGUGGCAGCAUCUCAAGUUUCAUAGCUUGCAGUGGAAUGUCACUAGUAUUUUGUGAUCUAUUUCACUGGAGAAUAUAAAACAGAAAUCAAUGAUAA